CUUAUUGUUUCUGACCUUCAAGACCUCAUCUGCGAACUCCAAACUAAUAUUCUUCCAUGAAAAUUCCACCUCAGGCCAGAGAAUUUUCUGUCGUGGCUCUUCUUUUGGUUGCCCAACUGCAAAAAUAUCUGUUUUCUCUCUCUCACCUCUUGCCUCUGUGGCUCUAUCUCUAUUUUCAUGGCUUCUAAAAAUGCGGGCUUUUCUUAAAAAUACCCAUCUCUUUUUUAUCUUUUUGGUUAGGUAGAAAUACCCAUAUUCAGAAUCUCUUUCUUUUCUACAUUUUUUUUUCCCAUUUUUUCAGGGAAUUUUUUUUUUGUUCAAUCUGUAAUUGCCCCUGGCUUUUGUUUAUUUUUACUUUAUUACAAAUUUUAAAUCCUUUUUCUCUACACCCUUUCAGAUUUUCUGCCCAAAAUUCUGCUUUUACAAGAGACGCCUUUGAGGGAAAGAAAGAUCUAUUUUUAAUUUGAAUCGCAUUCCCCUAAUGGGUUUUUGUUGGCUUUUGGAAUUGUGAGUUCCUGUUGAUCUAUUCUGCCCAUGAAUAUUCUCUCAGACCCAUUUCGAAAAACCAUUUCUUUCUCUGCAAUUUUUCAGAUUUCGAAACUUCGGGCUUGAGAAAGAAAUAGUACCAUCAUGGCUUCUAGAAUGUGGGAUUUUACAGAUCUAUAAUUAGCCACACCUACCCACCUGUUUGUCCUCUGAGGAAACCCCAUUACAAUCUUCUAAUCCUCCGCUCUUUUUCUUCUCUUUGGAUUAUCCUCACAAUCGGGAGAAAUGUAUGGAACUCAAACCACAAGAGACAUCUCCCAUGAAUUUCAGCACCAAAUGCCGUAUUUGAGACCCAGCAUCCACACCAGAAGAGCAAAUAUCAUUGUCAAAUUCCAAGAUCUUUAUGGGUUUACCGUGGAAGGGAAUGUAGACGAUGUGAACAUUUUGAACGAGGUGAGAGAGAAGGUGAGACAGCAGGGCCGUGUGUGGUGGGCUUUGGAAGCAAGCAAAGGCGCAAAUUGGUAUCUGCAGCCUCAGAUUUCUUCUAAUACGGAAGGCAUUGCUGUGUCCUCCCUUAAGUUAUCAAUCCUCACCAAUACAAUUGCCUUGAAGAAGCUCAUAAGGAAGGGAAUCCCACCUGUACUACGACCUAAGGUCUGGUUUUCUGUGUCUGGAGCGGCCAAAAAACGAUCAACAGUGCCUGAGAGCUAUUAUGAAGAUUUGACCAAUGCUGUUGAUGGGAAAGUCACACCUGCUACAAGGCAGAUCGAUCAAGAUCUACCACGAACUUUCCCUGGUCAUCCAUGGUUAGACACUCCAGAGGGUCAUGCAGCUCUGCGACGUGUCCUUGUUGGCUAUUCUUUCCGGGAUUCUUGUGUUGGAUACUGUCAGGGUUUAAAUUAUGUGGCGGCAUUGUUGUUGCUAGUGAUGAAAACCGAAGAAGAUGCAUUCUGGAUGCUUGCUGUCCUUUUGGAAAAUGUCCUAGUUAAUGACUGUUACACUGAUAAUUUGUCAGGAUGCCAUGUUGAGCAAAGGGUUUUCAAAGACUUGCUUGCUAAGAAGUGCCCAAGGAUAGCUGCACAUUUGGAUGCUUUGGGUUUUGAUGUCUCUCUUGUCACCACCGAGUGGUUCUUAUGUCUCUUCUCUAAGACCUUGCCUUCAGAGACAACCAUGCGAGUGUGGGAUGUCCUUUUCAAUGAAGGGGCAAAAGUAAUCUUUCAUGUCGCCUUGGCUUUAUUCAAGAUGAAGGAAGAAGAGAUGCUAAUGGCCCAUCAAGUCAGUGAUGUAAUCGAUAUCAUUCAGAGAACAACCCACCAUCUUUUUGAUCCUGAUGAUUUGUUGACAGUGGCUUUCGAUAAGAUUGGUUCCAUGACAACCAACGCUAUAACUAAGCAAAGGAAAAAGCAGGAACCAGCAGUCAUGGCAGCACUCGAUCAAAGAUUGAGACGGUUAAAUUCUCUAAAGAUGGAGGACAAAUAAUUGGUUUCGGUGACUAGUUGAUCGCAGGAUGUGUCAUGUCUAGCACUCCAGUUUAGGCCUGGUGUUCCUUCUAGUGAUAGAAUUGUUUUAUACAAAGCUUCCAAAAGUGGGGGAAGCCUGUGAACAGAUAUGUUUUCAGGCUGUAAUAUGGGUAAAUGUACAUUAUUUCAGUUGUGAUAAAUUAUACAAUUACACUCCAACUCAGGGCAGGGUUUUGGUGGGUCUUUCUCUGCUCUGUAGUUUUUUUUUUUCAUGAACCCUGAAGAUGUAAGAAGCUGAAGUUUAUUCCUCAAGUAAUGUCGAAACACCCACAACUCCUCGCCGCUCUGUUAGUGGCUGAAUCUGUCUCAUAGGGGUAGUGCCCCUGCUCUCAUUCCUCAAAUCUACUUUUAUCUGAUCCUUAAGUUCAAAUAUUUGAGAGGUGGUUCUGUAGAAAACCACUCUACCACUAAAGAGUAUGCUCAGAGUAGAUGAAAUGUUUACUUAGUGGGUCGAAAUGAAGUGCCUUUCCUUUGUUUCCCAUACUUUUCAAUUCAAUAAAGCUUGGAGCCUAUUUAUAUAAA